CGUAAAGUGUAGUAGGUGGUCGCGCAUGGCAUCUCCGUGCCUGCUUGCGCUCUGCCGUCCUCUGCCGCUGGGUCGCUGAUGAUGCCGAGCGGAGCGGGGCGCUCGUACAUCUCUAUGUGCGGCUACAACCGCAGUUCCCAAGAUUGAAGUCGAAUGAAACGGGAGAGGAGCUCGAAAUACGAUGAUGGAUGGUCCGAACCGUUUCUCAUCGCUCGGACAGCUGUAACGUCGGCGGACAAGCGUGGAUUCAUCAAAGGGUCGACGUGUAGUGGUUCACUUUGUUUGACAUUCAGCCAGCGACAGAAUGAUCGAGGAAGGCAGUAAACGAGGCAAGGCCAUGGUGGAGAAGAGACAGCUCUUCAUGGAAAUGAGAGCUCAAAACUUUGAUGUUAUCAGACUGUCGACUUAUAGGACUGCCUGCAAACUCCGGUUUGUGCAAAAGAGAUGCAACCUUCAUCUGGUGGAUGUCUGGAACAUGAUCGAAGCUUUUCGUGACAACGGGCUCAACACAUUGGACCACAACGCUGAGAUCAAUGUGUCGCGGCUGGAGACUAUCCUGUCUUCCAUCUAUUACCAGCUCAACAAGCGGCUGCCCACCACCCACCAGAUCAAUGUGGAACAGUCCAUCGGGCUGCUGCUCAACUUCAUGGUGGCCACCUAUGACAGUGAAAGCCAUGGGAAGCUGACAGUUUUCUCAAUGAAAUCCAUGCUGGCAACAAUGUGUGGAGGGAAAAUUGUGGACAAACUACGUUAUAUUUUCUCACAGAUCUCUGACUCAAGUGGAGUCAUGGUGUUUGCUAAGUUUGAUCAGUUUCUUCGGGAGGUGCUGAAACUUCCCACAGCCGUGUUCGAGGGCCCCUCGUUUGGUUACACGGAGCAUUCAGUGCGGACGUGCUUCCCUCAGCAGAAGAAGAUCAUGCUGAACACGUUUUUGGAUGUGUUGAUGGCAGAUCCUCCGCCUCAAUGCCUCGUAUGGCUACCGCUCAUGCACCGACUCGCUAAUGUUGAAAAUGUCUUCCAUCCGGUGGAAUGUUCAUAUUGCCGGAGUGAGAGCAUGAUGGGUUUCCGGUAUCGGUGCCAACAGUGCCAUGGCUACCAGCUCUGUCAGAGCUGCUUCUGGCGUGGCCAUGCUAAUGGUCCCCAUAGCAACCAGCACCAGAUGAAGGAGCACUCAUCUUGGAAGUCUCCGGCCAAAAAGCUGAGCCACGCAAUCAGUAAAUCUCUAGGCUGCGUCCCCAUCGGAGAGCCACCGCAUCCUGUGUUCCCCGAACAGGCAGAGAGACCACAGGAACUCACCCAUACUGUUCAGCCGAAACCAGUGGCCAGCAACAUGAACGACACAAUGCUCAUGUCCUCUGGGGCACCUACUCCUACCAAAAGUGUCUUGGAGAGUCCCAGCAGACUAGAUGAAGAGCACCGCCUCAUCGCUCGCUACGCUGCCCGCCUGGCAGCCGAGGCGGGAAACUCCACACAGCAAUGUCCACCAACAGAUCUGGGUUUCAACUUUGAUGCCAAUAAGCAACAAAGGCAGCUGAUUGCAGAGCUGGAGAACAAAAACAGGGAGAUCCUCCAGGAGAUCCAGAGGCUGCGUUUGGAGCACGAGCAGGCCUCUCAGCCGACACCAGAAAAGGCGCAGCAGAACCCCACACUUCUGACCGAACUGCGACUCCUCAGACACAGGAAGGAUGAGCUGGAGAGGCGCAUGUCAGCCUUGCAGGAGAGCAGACGGGAGCUGAUGGUGCAGCUGGAGGGACUCAUGAGGUUGCUAAAGGAUGAGGAGCAGAAGCAGGCUUCCCAGUCUGGAGGCUCCCCUCAUUCUUCCCCCAGUCAUGGUGCAGGCUGCUCCAUGCCCAUGCCCAUACGCUCCACCUCGGCUGGGUCCACCCCAACUCACACACCACAGGACUGCCUGGCAGGGGUGGGAGGGGACGUGCUGGAGGCCUUUGCUCAGGGUGUACCUAGAAAUCUUCGGAAUGAUCUAUUAGUUGCUGCUGACUCAAUCACAAACACCAUGUCAUCACUGGUGAAAGAGCUCCACUCAGUAGACGAUGGGGCAGAGGAAGAAGAGACCAACAUGAGGAACGGGGGGGACAGAGCUGAAGCAGAAUGAACAACAAAAAGCACAGUGAGAGUACACAAGCACUGAGGGAAAGUGAACACCACUCCAUCCUGUAAGGACAUACAGUCAUCACCUGGGAAGAAUCAGUAACAACAACAACAACAACAGCCCCCCUGGCAUUAGCACGUAGAGUAAUGCAUGCUAUAAUCUAACAGGAUUUCACUAUGUGAAAAAAAAAAAGUUUCUUGACACCUUGCAGGUAGCAAGAUGUGUCUAAUUAGCGAGUGUGUAUGUUGUCCUGAAUACAAACAACUGCUGUAAUUACCCAAUGAUUUCCCUCAUGACUGCUAAGAAUGGCUUGCUGUGCUUUCUCCCCCAACUGUUCCACUGCAGCCGAUCAUUCUGUAUAUAAAAUACUGUACAACACAUGACACUGGGAACACCCCGACGCGGAAGUGACUUCCUGUCACCACACGUUCCCUGUCAUUGCUUUUGUAUGAUUAGUGCUAGUAUUUCUUUUUUCUCUUUUUCUUUUCCUUUUUUUAAAAAUCAUUUUUGCAUGAAGUUGCACUCAUGUCUGGAUUUAGGUACUGUACCAUGCUAUGCCAGCUCUUUGUGGGUUUAUGAUGACAGCUGGGGUGUCAGAAGUCUCCUGCCUCAGAAUUCACGCUGAGUGUGUUUACUCGCAUGCCUGUAUUCUGACGUUUAAGAGCUAAUGUUUGUAAAAGUAGCCUCCCGUUUAGCUGCAGUUUCAGUUAAAGGAAUAGUUAGGAAUAGUUAAGCUAACCAGUUGCUGGCUUCAUAUUUAUAGCACAAACAUGAGAGUGGUAUCAAUCUUCUCAUCUAAUUCUCAGCAAGAAAAAUGAGAAGAAUUGUAUUUCACAAAAUGUCAAACUAUUCCUUUAAAGCAAUCAACAGAUUAAUAAUCGUUAGCUGCAGCCUUCGCCAGGAGACCAAGAAAAGUUAUGUUUCUGUUGUGAUAUUCUGUCUCUUUGUGUGUCCAGGGAUAUCUUUUAUUAUACUAUAAAGGUGCAGAUAAACAAUUUAUCCCCAUUUUAAAUCUAAACUAUGAUUUAAACUGGUCUCCAGAAUACCGUUUGCAUGUAAACACACUCGCUGAGUCACACACUGUACUGCUGCUACUCUGCGCUCAGUGAGCCACCCUUGCAAAUAAGAGGGCUGUGCGGUUAAGAGAAACCGAGGGGCUACUACAAACACAAUAAUGAGCCUGGUCUCGCCGUUUCCUCCGAGCAAACAUACCUGAAGGGCAUUGUAACACUCGACGCAGCAUGGUGCCUCCUUCCAAAUACACUGACUAGCUGGUAGCCUCAGUAUUUAUUGUUUCAAGUGUAGGGAAGCACCUCAGGAUGUUUAAUACGGUAGUAUGAAUUAGGCGUUGAGUUUAGUUGUGCGUUACAAAAUGAACACUCUUACCUAUGUGAGGACGUAAGGUAGUAGUACACAAGUAGGAAAUGCUAUGAUAGCUUUAUUUAGUUAAUAAAGGAAUAUUGAAAAUGUUUAUGUGCAAUGAAAGUAGGUGCUCAGGGACUGCAGAGCUACUCUAGAUGAAAUGUGGUGGUAAUGUCCUUUGAUUGCUAGAUGUCAAGGUUAAAGGUCGAUUAAAAAUUAAGGGUUUCAUUCCAAGAAGCUAUACAUCCCCUGUGAGUAAGAUUCCUAAAUUUGUUCAUAAAUUAGUCCUUCAAGCUGCUUAUGAUCCCUGUUGUAAGAUUUUGUUAAAAACCUGCUGAAGUAGACCCUUCUACGCUUAUAUAAACAGUCAAUUUGUCAACAUAUUUUGGAAUGAAAAUCUUCGAGUGUUUCGAGGAAAGCAACAGCAAGUGAUUACAUGCUGGGUAAAGAAUGUGGAUUAUGAGAAGGAGAGAAGUGUUUUUUCUGAAGUGCUAUUUGGUGAAGCAUGUCGUUGGAUAUAGUUUGUCUGUGUGUGAAUUCGUGUCUUUCUCAGAAAAGCAAAGCAAUGUGUCUGUUUCAGAGGUAGCUGUCAACCAGAGAGGAUGUCGAGUCAGAUGGAGAUCAGGUCUAAGUUACCUUUACAUUUUUGUCUUCUGGUUUUAAUAUUUUUUGUCCUUCAGGGUUAGCCAUUCAUCUCAAAUGAAAAUGAGCAAUGUCUGGUUUUUUUAAUAAUACAAUGUGAUAAAGGUCCGGGAAGACUUUCUGAGUAAUAUCAUGAAGGAAGCAGUUAAAAAUCUGACUGAACUGAACAACAGAAAGUGUGAACUUUUUGUUUUGAGAUUUUUUUUUGUACAGUAGGCCUAUCCUAUAAGCUAAAGUAUAAGGUUUCAACAACCUGUUACACUGUGUCAAGAAAAAGAACAAAAAGAGGCUCCUCUGUUAUCGUCGUUCUAAAUGUGAUGUUUUCAUUCAGUUCUCUGUCAUCGUUAUUGUUCUUAAUCUGGUUUACGGUAUUAGUGGAGUAAAGUCAUUGUAAUGAGUUUAAUGCAGAUUCACUUGCACACUCGCACUCGUAUAGUCGCCCAAAUAUUAGUUAAUAUAAAGCAGGUAUAAAAAUUUAAGUUCGGUAAUUUAAAAGUCUGGCUCUCAAACGGCUAUUCAACCUUGAAGGUCCAGAAAUUAUUUAAAUGCUUAGGUAAAAAAGAGUUACUGUCUUCCCCUUCAUUCUGGCAACGCAUUGGAUUGCAAUGUCAAAUGUUAUAGCUUUGUUUUUCUCCUCUCAGUUUGUGCCUGUAGCUGUUUUGUAAAGUGCUGUAUAAAGUAACCAUUCAGCAAAUAAGAUGAUCUAUCAGCCUUUAUGUCAGAGUUUUAGUCUGUGACUUUGUAGAGAUUAUAUUUAUUUAUUGUGUUCUGGGGGAAACUUAACGCUCAGCCUUUACAUUUGUGCCAAACUGUUUGCUGACAUUGUGUGUCAUACAAAUUACAGGUAUAUAUCAGAGUAUAUCUGCAUUAGUAUGUUGUUGUUGCCCAUAGUUUAUUCACAAAAUGCCUGGAGAUAUUGCAAUUUAAUGGUUUUCACUGCUGGAAUCUGGACAAACGUGCAUUUAAUAAAGAUAGAAAACACAUUCCAAACAAUACUGAUAGACAGUCACUGAUGUCAUUUUAUCUAAUACGGAGGCAAUAUACCCUAUCAGACCAAACUCGGGGUAAUGCAAAUAAAACACAGCUGGUCAUACAGAGAUGCAUACAUUGUGAUCCUUUUAUUGUUUGCAGAAAGACAAUGUGCAAAGAGGAAAACCUCGAUGACAACGCUCCCCUGAUGUUAUUUAUCUAUGUGUGUGUUCUGUAUGGUUACGCUUCUGGUACACAUUUGUUUCUCAUGUUGAUUUUACAAAACAUAGUUUUAUGUCACAAAGCCACUGUCUUUUGUAAAUAAAAUCAAAUGUGAGAUAUAUUAAAAAAAAAGAUUUAAAAUAGCGCUUUCACCGUUCACUGUCAUGAUUGUUAGUGUUGUUGUUUUCCGUCACUGACGCUUCCUCAAGUCAUCACCAAACAGCAUUUAUAAGAAGUGGGAAGUACAUUUACUGUUACAUUAAAUAUGGCAUCAUCUUGCUGCUGCUUCGGCUGCUGUCCUCAGAUGAACCACUCAGUGCCAUUGAGUCAAUGAGAGAGAGGAGACGCCGCUGCUUCCAGAUCAGUGAACCACAUCCGCCUGCAGCACACACAUUUCCUCACUCCCCCAUAGCCCCUAAAAAGCACUCAAUCUGCCCCACAGGGAUUUGUUCUCUGAGCCUUUAGCCCUCUGGCACUCCUGC